AUUUGGGGCUCUCAGAGACAAUUUGUUGCCGGACUUGUUGUGUUGGGUUGAUCUUGCACUUUGGACUUUCUCUUGGAUCUUUGAUUGCCAGCAUUAUAACAGUGACAGUAAGAAAUCAGAUCUUGCGGCGAACAGUCUAAACUACAAACUCCAAGAUGAUUAACUCGGGCAAACUAGCAGGGCGGACGCUGUUCAUUACGGGCGCAUCCAGAGGAAUAGGCAAGGAGAUCGCUCUGAAGGCGGCCCGCGAUGGAGCCAACAUUGUUGUGGCGGCCAAGACGGCGGAGCCACAUCCCAAACUACCCGGCACCAUCUUCACGGCGGCGGCAGAGAUCGAGAAAGCUGGCGGAAAGGCUCAUCCUUGUGUGGUGGAUGUUCGCGACGAAAACCAGGUGCGAAAGGCCAUUCAAGAGGCAGUUGCGAAGUUCGGAGGCAUCGACAUUGUGGUAAACAACGCCAGUGCCAUUUCCUUGACUACCACUCCAGACACAGAAAUGAAGCGCUACGACCUGAUGCACAACAUCAACACCAGAGGCACCUUUCUGGUAUCCAAGGAGUGCCUGCCUUACCUUAAGAAAAGCAACCACGCCCACAUCCUCAACAUCUCGCCGCCGCUGAGUAUGAAGCCCAAGUGGUUUGGUCCCCAUGUGGCCUACACCAUGGCCAAGUACGGCAUGUCCAUGUGUGUUCUUGGUAUGGCCGAGGAGUUCAAAGAUCAGGGAAUCGCGGUUAAUGCUUUGUGGCCACGUACCGCCAUCCAGACGGCGGCCAUCGAAAUGCUCACAGGCCCCGAAUCGGCCAAGUGGUCCCGCAAGCCGGAGAUCAUGGCUGAUGCCGCCUACGCCAUCCUAUGCAAGGAGCCCAGGCAGCUGACAGGCCAGUUUCUCGUUGACGAUGAAGUUCUGGAGUCUGUGGGAGUCACCAAUCUGACAGACUACGCUUGUGUCCGCGAAAAUGCCGACCAGCUGAUGGUCGAUUUCUUUGUGGAGGCAAAGGGAGCGCCCGUCGAUGAUGCAACCCCUGCUGCUGCUGCUGCACCUGCCGCUGGGCCAGCGAAGAUACCCCAGCUGUUUAAGAAGAUCGAAUCUCUCCUCUCCGCCGAGAUUGUUUCAAAGACGCAGGCCGUCUUCCAGUUUAACAUAAGCGGAUCCGAGCAGGGCACCUGGUUCCUCGACCUCAAAAACGGUACCGGCUCGUGCGGCACCGGCACGCCGCCCUCUGCUCCUGAUGCCACACUUUCCAUGAACUCGAACAAUUUCUUCGACAUGUUUUCCGGAAAGCUGAAGGCGGUACCCGCAUACAUGACUGGCAAGCUAAAGAUCAGUGGCGAUUUCCAAAAGGCCCUCAAACUGGAGAAACUAAUGAAGGCACUAAAAUCUAAGCUUUAGGUUCAAUAUAAUUGAAAACACAUUACACAUUUUAAAGUAAACCCAAGUAUGAAUACUUUAUAUUUUCACAAUAAAAUCAGAACUUUUACAUUUAUAUACAA